UUCACCUGGUCUAUGUUGCUCCUCUCUUCCAAUACAUGCUAGGGCAAAGAGUUGCCCUUCACUCCGCUAGCUGCCACGUGCCUAUCCAGCAGCUGCUGGUUGCCAUCUGACCACCCAAAGUUGGUGUGUACAGGAUGUCAAAUGAACAGAUUGGUUGCUCUUUAGCAGAUGCUGCUGCAAGUCCAACAUGUAUGCAUUUUCUAGAGGUAGCCUCAAGUUCACCCCCUUCCUUGCAUGUGAUCUACAUAAAUAUAGAGACAAAAGCACAAGGACAUGAACUGGUGCCUACUAUCACCCGUACAUCUUCAAAUGUUGUGAAAACUAUAUUGCAGGCAUUUGCUCAAAUACCAGAUCUAAAUAUCUGGUAUGGUCCUGAUUCCUAUAUGGGUGCAAAUAUCAUGGAGUUGUUUAGCCAAAUGGCUGACAUGUCCGGUGAAGAGAUUGCAGAGAUACAUCGAGAACAUAAUAGGAACUCUAUAAAGUCAUUAUUACCCUGCCAGCAUUAUUAUCAGGAUGGUAACUGUAUUGUGCAUGACAUGUUUGCGCAUGAAGUUGUGGAGAGGACAAAAGAACUCUACUGUGAUGCAUUCCUAACGGCUCACUUAGAAGUUCCUGGGGAAAUGUUCUCUUUGGCAAUGAAAGCAAAGAGUAGAGGAAUGGGAGUUGUGGGAUCUACCCAGAAUAUAUUGGAUUUCAUUAAAAAUCAGGUGCAGGAAGCUAUCGACAGGAACCGUGAUGAUCACCUUCAGUUUGUGUUAGGAACAGAGUCAGGAAUGGUCACUUCCAUUGUUGCUGCUGUUCAUGAAUUACUUGGUACGAAUGAGUCCUCUUCUGGAAGAGCAAGAAUUAAAAUCGAGAUAGUGUUCCCAGUCUCAUCAGAUUCAGUGUCAAAGAUGUUAGUAAAUGGAUCUCACGGGUUGAAUUCUGUUAUAGAAAAUGAUCUUGCUAAACUUGCUGUUGUUCCUGGUGUGGCAGCUGGUGAAGGGUGCUCCAUUCACGGAGGUUGUGCUUCUUGUCCAUAUAUGAAGAUGAACUCCCUUAGGUCACUAUUGAGAAUUUGCCACCAACUUCCAGACAGAGAUAAUACUCUAUGGGCGUAUGAAGCAAGCAGAUUCAGUGCAACAACACCCCUUGGGAAAUCAGUUGCAGAGGUUGGGUGUGAGCCAAUUCUGCACAUGAGGCAUCUCCAGACAACAAAAAGGCUGCCAGAAAAGCUUGUCGAUCAGGUUCUCCGUCAAUCUAGUCAUGGACCCACAGUAUCAUGACACUUUCUCUGUGAUGUGAUGCUAAAUUAUGAUCCGAUGACUCUGCCACCUGAGGCUUGAACAAGGAUAUUCUGUCCUUCAGCAAUGCUACUGGAAAAUACAAUGCUUCAUGUUGUAUGAAGCAAGCCGACCUGUGUUACUUUGCUUUUCUAGUCAGUACUAAACUGUCAUCCAUGCUACAAGAAAAGCUUAAUAAGUUGUACAAUAACAGUUUGACACCUGUUGUUUCUUGGCCUAUCUGAAUUUAGUUUCUCAAUUUUGUUUGGCUGCUCUGUGGUCAAUUGUAUCAUUAUUUAUAGUUAUGCACUAAAGGAAUAAAUUCAAUGUUUGU